GUAAUGUCCCUUUAAAAGGCGAUCCCUGUCACGGAAUCCAGGGGGCAGGUCUAUCGAGCGGGGUUAGGCUGCGUCUCUCGUUUCUGUCUCUGUAUCAGUGCAGUAAGUUUGUGCUUGUUGAACGCUGACAGGAGAACGGAAUGUGUAGUAGUGGUUUAAGCUCCUAUUCGAGGUAGUAGGACGCGUCUGGAUAGACUUUUCUUGGGUGAUAUUUUCUUUUUUUUCCAACCGACGAUUGGGAUGCGCUAUUUUACAGCUACUUGAAUUAGGGGUAAGACCUUUAACUCUCCCGUUUCGCACGUUAGCAUACUAUCUUUUUAAAAGCGACACAGUGACAGUAGGGUGCAAUGGGCUAUCGCGAAUAAAAUAGCUUGAGAGGGUCGAGGAGGAAGGUACGGUUGAAGUGACAAGCGACUUUUGAGCGAGAACUGAAGAUUUCUGCCAGUUUACGGAAUCAGACACGGCUUUCAGGUCUACCCCCCCACCCCCUUUCCGUGGGACUGCGAUUUUGACAGCUGGAUAUUGAUUGCGCUACGGGGAUGCAUUUCUUGCCUGACGCCAGAUCACUUUCUUCGCGACAGCACAGGAGCUGUCGGUUAUAGUUGCAGGUUAUUAGAAUCAGUGCGGCACAAUUGAUCGCGGAGGACAGCCGUGAAACCAAGGUGGUCGAGAUUGAAUGGGGAGAGUGUUGAAUCAACGUUUUGCGUUGACUGAAGGCUACAAACGUUGAGGAGCGCGACACUGCAGUGUUGUACAGUGGAAGACGCGCGUAUUGAUGGAAUGCGACUGUAACAGUCCAGCUCCAGCUAUUUCCUGACUCAAUCACAAAACAGACAAGGCAACGAGUGGGACAAACACAGGUCAAGGCGAUGGCGGACACGACAGCUCCGGACUCGAUUCCGACGCUGGACGUCGUUAUCGACCCGGAUUUCGAGCCCCAGAAGCGGCCAAGAUCAUGUACCUGGCCCCUGCCGGAGUCCAUCGCGACCAAACCGGAGGCGACGGACACAGACAUUAUUCCGGAGGAAGAGGAUGACGAAGAGGACAUCGCGAUGACCAUCAACACCAAUGGCUCUAGUAUGGUCGGAGAGGACCAGGGCAGCCCGGGUCUGGUGACCGACGGACUGCACACAACGGCCUCUCAGGAAAGUGAAGGUUCUCCACUCCCGUCGCUUUCAUCAGGCGGAGAGGGCAGUGGCAAAUCCACCGGAUUAGUGAGCGCUCCGGGCAGCCAACAGCAGACGCCGAGGAAGUCGUCUUCUCGCCGAAAUGCGUGGGGCAAUCUGUCAUAUGCGGACCUCAUCACUAAAGCCAUAGAGAGCGUCCCAGACAAGAGACUCACCUUGUCUCAAAUCUACGACUGGAUGGUGCGAAGUGUACCCUACUUCAAAGACAAGGGAGACAGCAACAGCUCCGCUGGGUGGAAGAAUUCCAUCAGACACAACCUGUCCCUGCAUAGCCGUUUCGUGCGUGUCCAGAACGAGGGCACCGGCAAGAGCUCCUGGUGGAUGCUCAACCCUGAGGGUGGACGCGGGGGCAAGGCGCCGCGGCGACGCGCCGUCUCCAUGGACAACGGCAACAAGUACACCAAGAGCGCGCGCGGACGGGCGGCCAAGAAGAAGGCAGCCCUGCAGGCGGCCGUGGCGGCGGCCGGGGAGGGCGGGGCGGGGGAGAGCGGGGGGAUCAACGGGCUGUCCAAGUGGCCGGGCAGCCCGAUGUCCCGCAGCAGCGACGAGCUGGACUCCUGCUGGACCGACUUCCGGUCGCGCACCAACUCCAACGCCAGCACGCUCAGCGGCCGCCUGUCGCCCAUCUUGGCCAACACAGAGUUGGACGAGGUGCCGGACGACGAACUCCCACCCCUCUCGCCAAUGCUGUACUCCAGCCCCAGCAGCUUGUCCCCGCCUUCGUCCUCCUCUUCCUCGUCCAAGCUCGGCGGAGGAAGCGAGCUGCCUCGGCUAGCCGACCUGCCUCGGCUAGCCGACCUGGCCGGAACCAUGAACCUCAACGACGGCCUCACCGACCACCUCUUGGACGACAUCAUGGACAACAUCGCCAUAGUGACAGCAUCAGCAUCCUCCCAGCAGGCGGGGGGGUUGAAGGCGGGGGGGUUCUCUUUCAGCCCGAAGAGCUCGCCUGCCGUAACCUCCCCUGGGGGCAGCCUGUCGCCCUCCCCAGCAGGAAGUGGGGGCAACAGCGUUGGCGGUUCGUUCGCCUCCUCCCUGUUCGUGCCUCCAAGCGGCUCCCUGCGGCAGUCGCCCAUGCAGACCAUCCAGGAGAACAAGGCGGCGUCGUUCUCCUCCUCUUCUUCCUCGUCUUCGUUGCGCUUCGCCAACGCCACGCUGCAGGAGCUGCUCAACGCCGACCCGCUGGGCCCACACAGCCACGGUGACGUCAUGAUGACCCAGUCCGACCCGCUUAUCUCGCAGGCCAGCUCCGCCCUCACCUCCCAGACCCCCCGCACAGGCCGAGGCUCACUCAGCGGCCUCCUGCUGCUGCGCAACGACCCCAUGAUGUCAUCAUUCGGCGCCGGGCUCAAUGGCAGCAGCGGCCAGCUCCAGAACAGUCACCUCCAGCACCACCAACAGAACCUCCACCAGCAGCAGCACAACCACCACAAUCAUCACCGGGGCAACACCAAGGGUUCACUCCGAUCCAUGCCCAGUAACGGGCACCUCAGCCAGGCCAACGACGUCAACAACCUGGCCUCCACCAAGCAGCACCUGGUCCAGCUGAGCGAGGCCUCCACUGCGUCGCUCUUCAACGGCCUGAAUGGCAGCAGUAUGGGUCUGGGCAUGUGCCUGCCCCCCUCUCUGGGCUCUGAGGUCUUCCCCUCCGACUUGGACCUGGACAUCUUCAGCGGAAGCCUGGAGUGCGACGUGGACUCCAUCAUCAACAGUGACCUGAUGGACGCCGAUGGCCUGGACUUCGACGCGCUGGUGUCCGCCAACUUCGACGCGCUGUUGUCCGUGCAGAACGCCGUUAACCUCAACCCUGUGGUUGGCAACCUCAACGGCACCAAGGCUGGCAGCCAGAGCUGGGUGCCAGGCUGAGAGGGAGGGGCAGUAUUGGCAGGGAGGUUGGCACAUGAGCAGAUCAAGACUCAGACCUUUGGUGCAGCAGAAAAAAUAAACAAACAAACAAAGACAAACAACACAACAA